AACUAAGAUGACUUGGAGCUCUUCUAGCAGGAACUGGUAAACUAAUAUUCUCCUCUGCAUCUGAAAUUUCAAAAAGGCAAGUCCCCUUCUGAUGAAGCUAAAGGAGAGAAAACUACAAGAUGGGGUAUUUCAUUCCGAUCUCUUGUCAUAGUUCCCCACUUUUGUGGACAAUUCUUGCACUUGGAAUGAAAUGGAUAGAAGAGGCCCUGAGUUGCCCCACAGAAUGUACUUGUAAUAAGUUGCAAGUGAACUGCACAGGAAAAAAAUUGCAAAACUUUCCAACCACAAUUCCUCUGACUACUAAAAAACUAAUUCUGGCACAGAACAAUCUCACCAAUUUACCACUAUUAACCAUGAGUUAUCUCAAUGAACUGGUCCACCUUGAUUGCAGCCACAAUCUGAUAACAAUGGACUUGGAUUUCAGCUUUCCAGGGUUAAUCAAACUGACAUAUUUGGAUCUCAGUUUCAACAGGCUCUCCCACAUAACAUCCUUCACUUUUUCACAACUGAGUGAGCUGCUGCUCUUAAAUCUCUCUGGCAAUCCAUUGAUGGUGGAGAUUAUGGCGCAAGCCUUUGAAAAGAACAGUCUUCUGAGAUAUAUAGAUUUGAGUAAUUGUGGCUUGUCUUACCUCAGUGCUGAAAUGUUCCAAAAACUGUACAGACUUCGUAUUUUGGGAAUAAAGGAUAACCCCUGGAAUUGUGACUGCAAAUUCCUGAUGUUCUCCAACUGGCUAACAAAUACUGAUAUUAAAUCCCCAGAUUUUGAGAAUACCACUUGCAAUAAACCAGAAAAAAUGCAGGGUCUUUCUCUCAUCAAGGCAAAAUUGGAGCUCCGUUACCUGUGCCUUCUGCACUUACAACUAGAAGAUUUCAUAUACAUCUGUCUAUUAACCUUCUGUGUUUUCUUUGGAGGAACUCUAGUGGCAUGGCUGGUUGGGUUUGGCACAGUGAUGUAUUACCAUCCUGUAGUGAGACUAUAUGAUGAACCAGAGGAUGAAGAGUACAGAAUGAUUUAACUAAUUGCUUUGGAGGUCUUCCAAGUGUCAAUACCUAAUGCAGAUGCACCAACAUUUUAGUCCCUUUGUUUUAUUACAAAAUUUGUUAGUUGCAGUUUUAACUCAUUUAAAGGGAGAGUUUUCAUUUUAUUUCAUUAUGAAUAAAAAUACAGCCUUGAGGUAGGGGAUAGGAUGAUCAAAAGAGAGGAUUAUGUAUCAGAGAAAGAGAAUUUCUAAUGUGUUGGGGUGUGGAUGUGUCUUCCAACAAUGAAAUAUUUCUAAGAAAAUAUAGAAGUAACAGAAUAGAGGACAAGCAAGAAAACCUCGUCCUUUUUAUGUGAUUGGCUAUAAAAAGUUUGUUUCUGAACAAAGACUUUGGUAGGAAUAAACAAAAGCCUCGCUCAUGAAAAUUGCACAA